AUGACUGUGUCUUCAGGCCCCAAGGAUGCCAAUAGCUCGGGCAGAGCGUUGGGGGCAUCCGACGCUGGAAACUACAGCAUUUACGCCAGCUCGGCAGGUCAACGUCCUGGAGACAACAUCCAAAUCCUGGCAGCAGGAACAAACUUGGAUAAGUUCGUCGCUGGCUUGAACCCCAGCAAAGUCAUCAUCUUAUCCGAAGCCCCAAGCCCAACUGCCAGUUUCGACGGCUCUGACGAGACCAUAAAGUGGUUCCAGAACAUUGAUCCGGACGCUAGUGGCUCCGUCGCCGUCGAUGACUUAAAGAAUAUCGAAAGCUUCCAAUUCUCCCUUUCUCAGCCGUGGCCGCUUGAGUUCAGCUCAGCUAGCGAUGUCCUGCUCUUCACAUUCGGUUCAACUGGUCUUCUCGGUAGCGAUGAGACCGGAUCACGCAUUGAAGCGCCGGGUAUUGACCCUACCGGCAACAUGUUGAUUUGCGGUCUUGACUUUGCCAACAUGAAAGACAUCACCGGUAUCAGAGUAAAAGAUGUCUUUGAGAAUGCCAAUCAAGAAGGCAUGACGGACUUUAUCCCUCUUGCGGUCCUCGCCCUCGAGGUGACCCUGAAAAAGCCACCAGAGAAUGCAAAGCCCAUGAGGAACGCUCUAUGGUUCGUCCCAUCAGCGGAUAAACGGCUUGAGACUCGUCUCCAGUUCCAGCUCUCGGACUUCGACGCAUUGCAGGAGCUAUUCUCAAUUGCUCUGAAAGGUCUCGUCAUUGAUAGCGCAGACGUCGUCUACAAGAGCAAAAUGCAAUUGGGCGUUACGGAAAAUGGCGAGAUGCCUCUCUUCGCUGGUCAAGUGACUUUUAGCAUCGACUGCUCCCUCAGCAGUGCUGGUAGUACAGUCUCGAUGCUCGCCGGCGUUGAAUUCACCGCUACCACGAUUGACUUUACUUUCAUGUUUCUCUCACCAGACCCUCUUGCCGGAAUACUCCAAUGGCUAGCUAGCCUCACCGACGAUGAAGAAAUUGAGACGGUUGUUAAUAGGAUUCUUGGCAAGGAAGAAGGUGGAGAAAAGGUUCUGCCCGCUGCAAACCUACGAAGACUGCGCGUUGGGCUUGAUACAAGAAAGGAUCCGCAGAAUCCGAGACUUGGCUCUUUUUCCUUCGAUAUCGAAGUUUCUGCGAACUUUGGUCGUGGAGAGAGCAAGGACACCCCUGUCUUCUUGAUCACGUAUAACUGGAAUCGAUCUACCGGUACUUAUGGUACUCUGUCUGGACAGUUGUGGAACAACUUUGGCGCAUCGGAUGACCUCGACUUGGAACCAGAGGGUGAGAAGUGGGCCAUUCUCAAGCCCUUGACAGCUUCCCCAGCGUCUUCCAUCGACAUCGCCACUCUGAUCCCCGGCCAGACUGUGGUUGUUCUGGCGACCUACUUCAACUGGGGCAGCAGCUCAGUCUUCACCUUUGACGUCGGGAUUUCCGUCCUGAUUGAUCCACCAGAGGGUUCUGAGUUCGAUCUCCCCGCUGCCUUUGUCGGAACUCUUGGCUACGAUUCUUCCAACAAGUCUUGGGAGCUUACGGCUUCUAUCAAUGGAUUGUACGCCGCAGCUCUGACUGAGUUCUUCCACGAUGACGAGAAGGACCACGUUGGACCGCUGAUCAAUUCCAUUGCCAUCAACACUUUGUCCGUUGAGUAUACGUACGAGAAACAGAGUGGCAAUAACGCCAAAUCGGUGGGAAGCACGUUCACUAUCUCUGGUGACUUGGUCGUUGCGGGGCUGAGAUUGAACCUCGACUUCAAUUACACUUCUAACGGCUUUACAUUCUCAGCGGCACUGAAUCCCGCCGACCGGAAUGCCACUAUCGGAGAUAUCCUCACGGACCUUCUCGGAUCUUCGUUUGACAUCCCUGACUUUGUCUACGACACUCUGAUAGUCGGUGACAACAAGGAUGCCUUCAGCAUUGAUAUCAAUAAGAUGAAAGACGCCGUCUCCGGCAUCGAGUCAUUCCAAUUCCUUGCCACUCUCAAUAUUGGACAUCUCCAGUUCCUCUUCUCCCAGCUCCAUAGCACUGAAUGGGGUCCCAAAGAUCCAUCCAAGAGACUAUUCAAAGCAGCCAUAAACGGCUUCGGCAACAUGGAACUUGAGAUUCCUCUUGUUGGUACACUGUAUCAGCCACUCGAUGAGCUGUACUUCCUAUUCGUCCAGGACCCCAAGCCACCAAAUAGACCCGGGCAAAUGACAGGCCUGACGCGAGAGGAUAUGGGUCUCCUCAACAACGGCGUGAUGCAAAAGGAUCCGCUGCUUGUUGCUGACAAGAUCAAGCCUGACCAGGCGAAACCAACUGACCUUCUUGUACCCUCUGGUUGUCACUUCGCUGUCAUUAUACGUAAUGUCGCCAAGGGCGAGCGCGCGUGUCUGCUAAGCUAUGGCUUCAUGAAACCCAAACCUUCAUCAUCUCAAGCACUGGCCUCUAGUGCCGAGGAAAAGGGCAGAAGACGCACUGAGGAGGAGAUGGAUGAUGGAGGCUCUAGUGCCCAGGCCCCAUUCAAGAAGGAUACCGGACCCAUAGCCAUCAGCAACGUCAGUCUGAAAUACAAGGCAAAGACAUUGUCUAUCACUUUUGAUGCGACGUUCCAGCUUGGACCGAUUGGGUUCUCUCUUCUCGGCUUCACCCUCAACACCCGAUUUAAGAGCCUCGAUGAGCUGCCAACAAUCAGUGUCAACAUUGACGGUUUGGCGGCGUCCUUUGAUCGACGUCCCCUCACAAUCGCCGGCAUCAUCGUCCACGGUAAUGACGGUGCCAUGGACUACUACGCUGGUGGUCUUAUCAUCGGCUUCCGUCCUUAUCAGUUCCAAGCAGCUGGCUUCUACGGAGUCAUCACUCUCGCAAACAGCAACAGCUUCCAGAGUGUCUUUGUCUUCGCAAAGCUCAACGGCCCGCUCAUGACACUUGCCUUUGCUGAGAUCAGCGGUAUCUGCGGUGGCUUUGGCUACAAUAGCAGCGUUCGCUUGCCUUCUGUAGACCAAGUCUCGGAUUUUCCGUUCAUCAACAGCAGCCGUCUGAGCAACAACGACAAUGCUCAACAAGUCCUUAUGGAGCUUGUCAGUCCCGCCGGCGGCGGGUGGUUCCAGCCACUUGACAACACCUACUGGGGUGCCAUUGGCAUGAAACUCUCUGCAUUCCGUAUGCUGAGCGUCGAUGCUGUUGUUGCAGUGCAGUUUGGUGACUCGGUGAAGCUGGGCAUCUUCGCUGUAGCGACUUGUGAUAUUCCUUCAACCAACUCGCGACUUAAACUUGCCCAUGCUGAGUUGGGUAUCGCUGCUGUCUUGGACUUUGACUAUGGCUUCCUCAAGAUCGAGGCGCAGCUAUCACCUCGCUCUUACAUCCUUAGUCCCAACUGCCAUUUGACUGGCGGGUUUGCCCUUUGCUACUGGUUCGAUGCGCCUCUUGCCGAUAGAGCCAGAAUCGGAGACUUUGUCUACACCUUGGGCGGGUACCAUCAAGCUUUCCACGUUCCUGUUGGCUACCCUAACCCCCCUCGGCUUGGUAUUAGCUGGGACUUGGGCGGCGGCCUGUCGAUCUCUGGAGAGGCAUAUUUCGCCAUCACUACCAAGGCAUGCAUGGCUGGUGGACGUCUCCAUGCUGCGUUUAAAGCAGGACCUCUCUCUGCUUGGUUUGAUGCCUUCGCCAAUUUCCUUAUUAAUUACCGACCCUUUUACUUUGACAUGUCAGCUGGUGUCUCUGUCGGAGUCGGGUUCAGUAUCGACUUCUGGUUUAUCCACAUUCGAAUCUCAGUACAAAUCGGUGCUGAGCUGUAUCUCUGGGGACCACCUGUUGCUGGUCGCGUUCAUGUUGACUUCUGGAUCGUCGCUUUCGAUAUCAAUUUUGGCAAUCAUCAUCCCAAGAUCGAUCCAGUCAGCUUGUCAGACUUCUACGAGCUUGUACUCCAAGACUCGCCUGCAUCUUCCUUUGCGUCUGCCACUUCCCUCAUCACGGGCAAACAACAACAGGAACCCCUUGCAGCGUCGACAUCUACCAAACCCAAGAACGAAGCACACAACUUCCUUGCUGAGUCUGGACUCCUGAACCCUGAUGAUCAGCCAGAGAAGGGACAAAACGACCCUUGGACCGUCCGGGCUGGCACAUUUGUGUUUGUUGCGGAGUGCAAGAUGGCCAUAAACGGCGUUUCAACAAAUAAUAGUUGGGAUCCAAUCUUGCAGGGCAAUGAAGUUUUCAGCAAGCCAAUGGGUAUGACAACGCCCAUGUCUUCAAUUCUACAGAUCCAAAUAGUCCAUGAGGAUGGAAGCAACCCUGAGGAGGAUUGGCAAUUCGAGAAAUAUACUCAGAUGCUGCCGAGCGCUCUGUGGGCAAAAUAUGACCGCCGAACUGAUCCACGCCAGAGUGGAAACAACGUCGCUGAUUUACUCAACACCAACAAUGGUAGCCCAUCUCUCAUGACAGGCGUGAGAGUCACUGCGCCCAAGCCAACCAUGUCUCCAGACCCAUUUCCAGCCUACAAGGUUGCGGAUGCAGACCUCCAGGAGCUAACUGCUGAACGGAGUUUCCCUGGUAUGGUUACGGCUGAGGAUGCAUGGGCUCCAGUCAAGCCAAAUGAUGAUGUCAAGCAGAGGUAUGAAGACAUUCAUGAUGCUUGGUGGGAGAAAAGGGCCAGCAAGACUUUGUGGGCACCUUAG